AUGCGUUUCCUCCUGCUCUUUUCUGCCUUCUGGUUUACCGGUGCCGUCGUUGCGAACACUCUUCCCGCCUCGGGCCUGACCUCACGCCAAGAACCAGUUAAUGCAACCGUUGAUGCAACUGCUCUUAAUGCAACUAUCGAUCCAACUGCCGAAACCGCCAUGCGGACAGCCUCAACCUCACAUGGAAGCCAGGUCUCCUUCAAGAGGACGACCGUCUGCGAAACGACCAGUGGCGCGAGAGCCUACAGUGGCUACAUUCGCCUUCCUGCCGACAAGCUCUCCUCUCGGAAUGCGAACCCGGAGCGCCAACUCACCGUGUGGCUCAACGGCGGAUCCGGCUCCAGCUCGCUCUCGGGACCAUUCGAAGAGAAUGGCGGCCCGUGCCGUGUCAACAACGACUCCGAAACCACGACGCUCAACCCGUGGAGCUGGAACGAGCACUCGGACAUGCUCUACAUCGACCAGCCGAACCAGUUCGGGUUCUCGUACGAUACGCUGGUCAACUCGUCGCUCACCAUGACUGCCAACGGGCAGCACAUCGACAGCCUCGAGGGUGUCCAACCAGUGCCGGAGAUGAAUGCCACUUUCUACACCGGAAAACUGCCGAGUCAGGUUGUCGAGAAUACCGCAAACACUACCGCCAUCGCCGCCGAGACUAUGUGGCACCUCCUGCAGGGCUGGACUGAGGGUUUCCCGCAUCAUCGCCGCAGGAGAGGGGACAAGCUGAGCAUUUGGUCCGAGUCUUACGGCGGCAAAUACGGCACCGCAAUCGCGACCUUCAUCAACCGACAAAACGCGCGAAUCCACGCCAACACUCUGCGCGGCACCAUUCUACCACUCGAGACGCUCGGGAUAAUCAACGGAUGCGUCGACCUGAUACAAGGUGACUUCCUCGCGCAGCAAGCCUACUCCAACGUGUACGACACGCCGAUCUUCAGCACCCCCAAAUUCGCCUCCGCAAACGCCUCGAACGCCCUCGACUUCUGCUCGUACACUAUGUUCGGCUCGUACCUCGCAACCAGAAUGGCGAGUCUGCACGAUAUCGCCGCACCCCCGCCGACGCCCGUCUACGUGCUCGAGGACCUCGGUGUGCCCGUCAACUCCACUGUCUCCUCGUUCACCUCGUUCCUAGUGUUCAGGUCCACCGGCGACUCCGGGCGCGCCGGCAGCGUAGGGGAGCCGGCGGACCUGCUGGAUGCGGAACUGAAGGUGUCGAUGCUGUAUGGCGAUCGGGACUUCAUCUGCAACUGGCUGGGCGGCGAAGCCCUAUCACUCGGGCUCUCGCACCAGGGCGCCGCACAGUUCCGGGUAGCCGGGUACGCCGACGUCAUGGUCGGCGGUGUACGCCGGGGUAAAGUCCGCCAACACGGCAACCUCUCCUUCACGCGCGUCUUCGAUGCGGCCCACCGCCUCCCGUUCUACCGGCCAUUGACCGCAUCCGCCCUUUUCGCGCGAUGUCAAACUGCUGCUGCCCGGGGUGGGGAGGCUGCCGUGUUAUGUUCUACAUCCGCUGGGGUGCACGGGGCUGGAAUGGGGGGGCGUCUCAUGAUCGAUGAUUCGUUCUCGUAG